AGGCACGGUGGGGUUGAGUGCUGGGUUUUGGUUUUUUUUUUUAAAGGAUUUCAUAGGAAAUCCAGGCUGAAGUUUGUUCUGCCCAGUCUGGCCAGCAGAAGUUGUGCUUUAAAUCCCUUGAAGAUUCAGUGCUCACCAGAUGGGCUGCCUCUCGGGCACAAGCUUCUUUGGGAUUAUGUCACGGAGGAAGACCAAUGCAGACGUACGCUUCCCCCCCCGCAAUAAUCUUUGAAUCUUCGGAAACGGAAUUUGCUUAAUGACCCAGCUGGAGCUGCGAUCAGGCUUACUUUCUUUCAGAAACAAUUAUUGUUCGGGUACAGAGCGAGAGAACCUUGUGUGGCUGGAUUUGUUUGCUCGACUUGUGCAGACUUGCGCAGAGUGUCUGUCACGUUGCAUACGGCGGACACCUUCGCUGGGCAUCAGGUGGGCAGGGCGAUGGUUACACCCACGUUUUUGGAAUGCUUUGGUAGAAGCCGAUCCCGGCAGGGGAGGCAGCAGGAGCACCAGCAGCAGCCACGUCCCUCUCAAAGACCCCAGCACAAUAGGAGGCAUUGCCACAAGUGGUGUCACCACCUGAUGAGGCCUUUGGAACCAGUCCGAUGCUAUCCAGAAGCUCAGCCCCGUGUGCAUCGCUUCCCUCGAAUCAAUGGACACCCCAAGCUGGACAGGCACCGCGAGCACCCCCCUGGUUAUGACAGCUCUUCCACCAUGAUGAGCAGUGAGUUGGAAUCCAGCAGCUUCAUUGACUCUGAUGACGACGAUAAUACGAGCAGGUUGAGCAGCUCUACUGAGCAAAGUACGUCAUCCCGGCUGAUCCGGAAACAUAAACGCAGGAGGAGGAAACAAAGGAUGCGGCAGAUUGACAGGUCAUCCUCCUUUAGCAGCAUCACAGAUUCCACCAUGUCUCUAAACAUCAUCACCGUCACGCUCAACAUGGAAAAAUAUAAUUUCUUGGGGAUCAGCAUUGUAGGACAGAGCAACGACCGGGGAGACGGCGGGAUUUACAUUGGCUCUAUUAUGAAAGGAGGGGCCGUGGCAGCAGAUGGCCGUAUUGAACCGGGAGACAUGCUUCUACAGGUGAAUGACGUCAACUUUGAGAACAUGAGCAAUGACGAUGCAGUACGGGUUUUGCGGGAAAUAGUCUCCAAGCCUGGACCUAUCAGCCUAACAGUGGCCAAAUGCUGGGACCCCACACCCAGGAGUUACUUCACUAUCCCCAGGGCUGAACCAGUGAGGCCAAUCGACCCUGCAGCGUGGAUCUCUCAUACCACAGCCAUGACGGGAGCAUACCCCCGUUACGGUAUGAGCCCCUCCAUGAGCACCAUCACAUCUACCAGCUCCUCACUAACAAGCUCAAUUCCCGAUUCGGAAAAAUUAGAAGAAUCUCCCUUAACUGUGAAGAGCGACAUGGCCACUAUCGUCAAGGUUAUGCAGUUACCUGACUCAGGCCUCGAAAUCCGAGACAGGAUGUGGUUGAAAAUUACCAUCUCCAAUGCAGUAAUAGGGGCAGAUGUGGUUGACUGGCUUUACACGCAUGUGGAGGGCUUCAAAGACCGACGAGAGGCUAGAAAAUACGCCAGCAGCAUGUUGAAACAUGGCUACCUCAGGCACACUGUGAACAAAAUCACCUUCUCGGAGCAGUGCUAUUACGUCUUUGGGGACCUCUGUGGCAAUAUGGCUGCAUUGAACCUCAACAAUGGGUCAAGCGGAGCCUCAGAUCAGGACACUCUUGCUCCACUCCCACAUCCUGCUGCACCUUGGCCAUUAGGCCAAGGGUACCCCUAUCAGUACCCACUCCCUGCUCCAUGUUUCCCACCAGCAUACCAGGACCCAGGCUUCAGCUAUGGCAGUGGCAGUGCGGGUAGCCAGCAAAGUGAAGGAAGCAAGAGCAGCGGCUCCAACCGAAGCAACAGCGAGAACAGCAGGAGGGCUCUCGGCAGGGAGAAGGACCGCAAGUCAGCCGGCAGCGGCAGCGAAUCCGACCACACGGCCCGCAGCGGAGGGGGAGCCAGCGGCGUGCGGCGCGAACGGCCCGUCAGCCAGCUCAGCCACCGGAGUCACGCCUCUGCCGCCCACAGCGAGCGAAGCCACCACAGCCACCAUUCGUACGGGCCUCCAGGAGUGCCCCCCCUCUACAACCUGCCAAAGCUCGGCUCCAAAGUCUACGGGACGAGCGGACCCCCCGGAGGGCCUCCCGUCAGAGAACUGAGCUCCGUGCCUCCAGAGCUGACGGGGAGCCGGCAGUCUUUCCAGAAGGCUAUGGGCAACCCUUGUGAAUUCUUUGUUGACAUCAUGUGAGAGGAAGUGCCUUCAGACUCUACUUUUCAGGGGGAGGGGGUUUGGUUUUUUUCGGUUGGGUUUUUUUGGUCGUUGUCAAACACUUUAAGAAAGAAACCUAGGAUGUCUUGCAUGUAACAGCUUCCUGACUCGCCAUCGUGUUGCAAAA